AUGCUCAACCACUACCGGCCCCGCGAAACGAGCUGGACCUUUGACGACGAUGCCAACGGGUUUACGAUCACGGCGCUGCAUGGCAUUGCCGCUGGCAACCAAGUCUACGACUCGUACGGCAAAAAGUGCAACCACCGGUUCCUUCUCAACUAUGGGUUCGCCGUGCCCGACAACACGGAAGAAGACGGACGCAAUCCCAACGAGGUUCUCUUCCCGCUACAGCUCUUCGAGAACGAGCCUUCGUCGCUCUAUGGCAAGAAGCAACGGUACCUCCACGACAGCGGUGUCUACUCGAUGGACACGCGCUUCAGCACGUACCACGGCGACGCCAACACGCGCGAAGGACUGAGUUUUCUGCGACUCAUUGUCGCGACCGAGUUGGAGUUCGACGCGUUCUCGGUGCAGACGCCGGCGCACGCGAUCCCGCCCAUUUCGCUCGAAAACGAGGUGCGCGUGCUCAAGCACAUUGCGGCCCUCGCCACUGUGCAGCUGUUCCAAUAUGCCACGACACUCGAACAGGAUAGGGUUGCCGUCGCGCAAUGUCCCGUCUUCUCCAACCAAGCGCAGGCGCUGCAUUUCAUCAUGGGCGAGAAGCGCGUGUGCUUGUACUACCAAAGCAUGGCCUACGACGUCGCGCCGCUUUGGACGCAGCCGCAUGACGUCAUCCGAGCGCGCGUCGCCGCCGAGUUCGAGUCCGAGGACGACCCCAAAAGCCGAUACGUCGACGACGUCACGGCGUUUCUGCUCGGCGAUUCAUUCGAGUAG